AUUGGCGGUGGAACGGAGAAGAAGGUAAUCGAAAGGCAUUGUGGAGACAGCGGCGGGAGCCUUCUACCAAAGCUACGGCAUCUCCUCACGUUUCUACGGCUCCCCCGGCGAAAGACGUUUUGGUUUCUUGUGUUGAACCCUUUUUCAAACUCACCUGUGACCAUGUCCAGUGGCCCUGUGGCCACGGCGCUGGCAGUGGCUUUACUGGCCAGCGCGGUGAGUUGCGUGCCCAAAGGCGCGGGAAAAGGCAAGAGAGAGGCGCCGGAGCGCUCGGUACCAUCCGUGGCACAAGAUGGAUGUGUUGAGAACGGACAGUUUUAUGGAAAGGGGGAGCAGUGGGAGCGCGCGUAUCUAGGCAGCUUACUUCUCUGCACGUGCCAUGGAGGCGCUGGCAUCAAGUGUAAAACGAAACCUGAGGCGGAGGAGACCUGCUACGAUAAGGUAAACGCUCGCUCUUACCGAGUUGGGGAGACUUACGAAAAGCCAAAGGAUGGGAUGAUUUGGGACUGCACGUGCAUUGGGUCAGGCAGAGGAAAAAUCAGCUGCACCAUUGCAAACCGAUGUCACGAAGGUGGACACUCCUAUAAGAUAGGAGACACCUGGAAAAGGCCCCAUGACACUGGAGACUACGUGCUGGAGUGUGUGUGUCUGGGCAAUGGGAAAGGAGAGUGGACCUGCAAACCUGUUGCGGAGCGUUGCUAUGACAACGCAGCUGGCACCUCUUAUGUGGUGGGUGAGACGUGGGAGAAGCCGUACCAGGACUGGAUGAUCGUGGACUGCACCUGUCUGGGAGAGGGAAGUGGACGCAUCACCUGCACAUCUAGAAAUCGCUGUAAUGACCAGGACACACGCAUGUCUUACCGUAUUGGGGACACUUGGACAAAGACAGAUGCUCGUGGACACAUCUUGCAGUGCCUGUGCACCGGUAAUGGCCGGGGAGAAUGGAAAUGUGAGAGACAUGCUUCCUUGCACACCACUGGUCUAGGCACCGGAUCUCGAGUGGUCACCAAUGUGCAGCCAGCUGUGUUCCAGCCCCUUCCAAUCCCAGUGACCCCUGCGGAGGGCACCUGCAUCACAGACUCGGGUGUUGCCUACACCAUGGGCAUGCGCUGGAUCAAGUCCCAGGGCAGCAAACAGAUGCUCUGCACUUGCCUGGGAAAUGGUGCCAGCUGUGAAGAGUGGGAGGGCCAGUCCCAGGCUUACGGCGGUAGCUCUAACGGUCAGCCCUGCGUGUUCCCCUUCGUGUCCAUGGGCAAGACCUUCUACUCCUGCACGUCGGAGGGCCGCAGCGACGGGCAGCUCUGGUGCAGCACCACCUCGGACUUCGAAAAAGACCGGCAGUUCUCCUUCUGCACGGAGAAGAACGUGCUGGUCACGACCCGAGGAGGGAACUCCAACGGCGCCCUGUGCCAUUUCCCCUUCCUCUACAAUGGUCGUAAUUACACGGACUGCACUGCCGACGGACGCAGAGAUGGCAUGAAGUGGUGCGCUACCACCUAUAACUACGACGGGGAGCAGAGUUUUGGCUUUUGCCCCAUGGCCGCCCAUGAGGAGGUGUGCACCACCAGCGAGGGGGUGAUGUACCGCGUGGGAGAUCAGUGGGACAAGCGUCAUGAGGUUCUGGGACACAUGAUGCGUUGCACUUGUGUUGGGAAUGGCCGUGGGGAGUGGAGCUGUGUUGCCUACUCUCAGCUCAAAGACCAGUGUAUUGUGGAUGGUCUGACCUACGAGGUGAACCAGACUUUCACUAAACGCCAUGACGAAGGCUACAUGAUGAACUGCACCUGCUUUGGACAGGGCCGUGGACGCUGGAAGUGUGAUGCCAUCGACCAGUGCCAGGAACCAGAGACCAGAGUGUUUUCCAGGUCGAGAGUCCUGGACAAGGUAAUCCACGGGAUCCCCUACAAAUGUUACUGCCAUGGCAACGGAAUUGGAGAGUUGAGCUGUGAGCCCCAGCAGUCCAUUGUUGGUGGUCACCGGCCGAUCCAGGUCAUUAUUACGGAGGCUGGCAAAGAACCCAACUCUCACCCCAUCCAAUGGAACGUGCCGCCAUCCGCUCACAUCACCCAGUACAUCCUUAAGUGGAGACAGAAAAACACCCGUGUGCCAUGGAGAGAGGUCACCCUGCCGGGUCAUCUGAACUCCUACACCAUCGCCGGACUGAAACCAGGCAUCACGUACGAGGGGCAGCUCAUCAGCAUUCUGAGGUUUGGCCGGAGAGAGGUCACUCGCUUUGACUUCACUACCACCUAUGGCUCCCUGGCUCCGUCUGAGGGAGACACCACUCCCCCACCUCCCGUGGUGGACACCUCCGAGUCUGUCACUGAGAUCACCUCCAGCAGCUUUGUGAUCUCCUGGAUGUCUGCCUCCGACACCGUGUCUGGCUUCCGAGUGGAGUAUGAGCUCAUCGAGGCGGGAGCUCAGCCCGGACAGCCCAUGGUCCUGGACCUUCCUCGCACGGCCACAUCUGUCAAUAUUAAUGAGCUGCUGCCAGGCAGAAAAUACACGAUUAAUGUGUUUGAAGUGACUGAGGAGGAGGAGACCAGACUGAUACUCACCACCUCCCAGACCACAGCUCCUGAUGCUCCCACAGAGCAUGAGGUGGAGGAGGUGGAUGACACCUCCAUCACCGUCAGCUGGUCCAAACCUCUGGCUCCCAUUACAGGCUACCGCGUGGUCUACACCCCGUCCGUCGAGGGGAGCUCUGGCAGCACUGAGCUCAACCUGCCCAACACUGCGACCUCAGUCACCCUGAGUGACCUUCAGCCUGGCCAGCUGAACAACAUCAGCAUCUACGCCGUGGAGGAGAGCCAGGAGAGUGAGCUCUUCGUGCAGGUCAUCACUACCGACAAGGCCAUGCCAGAGGAAAUCCCGUCUCCGACCGACCUGCAGUUCUUUGAGGUGUCCGACUCCAAGAUCACCAUCACCUGGAGCACUCCUGACGCAGAGGUGUCCGGGUUCCGGGUGUCGGUGGCGUCUGUGGGCCCCACCGGCCUGACGGGCAGGCAGCUGCAGCUCCCCAUCACACACAACGCCUACGCUGAAGUCGGCCUUCUCCGGCCCGGGACACUCUACCGCUUCUUCGUCUUCGCCCUCAAAGGAACAGAGGAGAGCGAGCCACUGGUUGGGGAGCAGGCCACCAAACCCGACGCGCCCACCAACAUCCACCUGUCCAACGUGACCGAGGACAGCGCCCUGAUCUUGUGGGCCGCUCCCACAGCUCAAGGUGACCGCUACAGGCUCUUCCUGACCGUGGAGGGUUCGAACCCCAAGCAGCUGCGCAUCCCGGCGCGCCUCACCCAGUACACGCUGCAUCUGCAGCCGGACACGGACUACACAGCCACGUUGCACGCCGAGAAAGGAAACCUGCUCAGCGAGGGUGCUGUCACCACCUUCAGCACGGGUCUGCCUAUGGGCAAUGCACCUCGCUUCAGUACUGACAUCACAGACACCUCCAUCGUCAUCUCCUGGAGUCCUGUCCCGAGAAUCGGAUAUAAGUUGACAGUGAGGCCCAGUCAAGGUGGAGAGGCCCCCAGGGAGGUGACCUCUGACUCGGGUACCAUCUACAUAUCGGGCCUGACCCCGGGAGUGGAGUACACCUACAGCAUCCAACCUGUCAUCGACGGCCAUGGCCAUGGCAACCCCGUCACGCGGCGCGUCGUCACACCACUGUCUCCCCCAACCGACCUCAACCUGGAGACCAACCCGAGCACUGGAGAGUUGACGGUCCACUGGAACGAGGCCAAAACCCCAGAUAUCACAGGAUACAGAGUGACAUGCAGACCCACCAAUGGGCAGCAAGGCAACUCUGUGGAGGAGUUUGUGGAGGCAGGCCAGACCUCGUGCACUCUGGAGAACCUGAGCCCCGUGGAGUACAACGUGAGCGUGUUCACAGUGAAGGAUGACAUGGAGAGUGUGCCCAUCUCCACCACAGUCACGCCGGACGUGCCCCAGCUAACAGAUCUCCACUUUGUCAAUGUCACCGACUCCACCAUCGGCCUCUCCUGGAGCCCUCUCAACUCCACGGCCGUGACGGGCUACCGCAUCACGGUGGUAGCCGCGGGCGAGAGCGUGCCCGUCUUUGUGGACACGGUGGAGGCCACCAGAGGUUUCUACACCGUGUAUGGCCUGGAGCCGGGCAUCGACUAUGACAUCAGCAUCAUAACCAUAACGGAGACUGGGCAGAGCGAGCCCACCACCGUCACACAGCAAACAGUCUUGCCGGCCCCCACAGACCUGAUGUUCAGUAACGUGACCCCGGACAGUCUCACGUUGAGCUGGGCCACCCCCAGAGUGCCCAGGCCCAGCGAGAUUCACAGAUACAUCAUCCGCUACCACCCAGUCGAUGAUGAAGAUGACAUCACUGAACGCACUGUGGAUGGAAACGCCCACAGUGACGUUCUUCGUCACCUACUGCCCGACACUGAGUAUCUGGUGAGUGUGUUCUAUGUCUAUGAAGAAAGGGAGAGCUCACCUGUGAUCAGCACUCAAAGAACAGCCCUGGACUCCCCCGUGGGCCUGCGGUUCUCCGAGAUCGGCACAAACUCCUUCACCGUGCAUUGGCUGCCUCCUCAGGCCGUCAUCUCUGGCUACCGUCUCCGCCACCAGAUGACCAGUGGGGGGCGCGCCAAGGAGGAGAGGCUUCCCCCGUCCCGGAGCCACUUCACGGUCACAGGCCUGGCCCCAGAGACGGAGUACAUCAUCGAGGUCUACGCUAAUAGCGGCUCCCGUGAGAGCCAGCCGCUCACCGGAACCCAGGCCACCAUCUCUGACGCCCCUACUGACCUGGAGGUCAGUUCUUCCACACCGACUAGCAUCAAUAUCCGCUGGGACGCCCCAUCAGUGACCGUUAGGUACUACAGGGUCACCCACAGUGAGUCAGGUGGUCAUGGCUCCCCCAGUGAGUUUACUGUGCCAGGCUCGCAGACCUCCACCACCAUUCAAGGGCUGCGCCCAGGCACCAACUACACCGUCACUGUGUACGCAGUAACGGGCAGAGGAGACAGCCCGGCCUCUAGCACGCCCAUCUCAGUCACCCACAUAACAGAUAUCGAGUCCCCGUCGGAGAUGGAGGUGACUGAUGUGAAGGACAGCACUAUCACUGUGCGCUGGAGCCCCGCAGUAGGCCCAGUCAAUGGCUACCGUGUCACUGGAACUCCCCGCAAUGGCCAGGGCCCCUCCUUCUCUGAGGUUGUUGCUCCAGACCAGACAGAGAUGACCUUCUCUGGGCUGAUGCCCACAGCAGAGUACACUCUGAGUGUGUAUACUCUGGGACAGGAUGGAGAGAGCCCUCCACUGGUUGAGACUGUAAUUACAACUGUGGACAGACCCAAAGACUUGGCGUUCUCUGACGUGGACUCCACGUCCAUGCGCAUUUCCUGGGAGGGUCCGGAUGGCCAGGUAACCUCGUACCGAGUGCUGUACUCCGGUUCAGAAGAGGACGAGAGGGAGCUGUUCCCGGCCCCGCACGGCGAGGACGAAACCGCUGUGCUAUCUAACCUCCAGCCGGGCACAGAGUAUAUCGUUAGGGUCAUUGCCCUGCAUGACCGGACUCCCAGCCCUCCGCUAGAGGGCACUCAGACCACAGCCAUCCCUGGCCCCACCCACCUUCAGUUCUCUCAGGUGGGAUCCAGUUCCUUCACCGUGUCCUGGUAUUCUGCUGCUAACGUCCAGCUCACUGGCUACCGGGUAGCCAUCACCCCUAAGAACAAGAAUGGCCCCACCAAAGAGGUCAACGUUUCGCCCGACUCGAAGCAGUACCAUGCCACUGGACUCACACCUGCCACGGAGUACGAAGUAGAGGUCUAUGCUGUGAAGAAUUCUCUUACCAGCCGCCCGGUGAAGGGAGACGUCACCACUCCAGACAACAUCAGUCCCCCUCGACGUGUUCGCAUCUCCAACGUGAAGGAUUCCUCGGUCACGCUCACCUGGCGCUCGAAGACCGAAGCCAUCUCUGGCUUCCUGGUGGAGGCCACGCCCACCAUCGGGGGUCAUAACCCUAUCCAGCGGACCAUCCCGUCGGACUCCCGCUCCUACACCAUCAACGGGCUGGAGCCAGGAACCACCUACAAAAUCAACAUUUACACGCUGAGUGGAAUUGGGCGCAGUGAACCGUUCACCCUCACUGCCACCACAGCUAAACCAGUGAUCAGUCCUCCGACGAACAUCCACUUCACCUCCCUGACCCCCAACACCAUCUCCUUCACCUGGGAGCCACCCCGUAGCACCAUCACAGGAUAUUACAUCACCUACGAGGAGGCAGGAGGCAUCCCACGAGAGCUGCUUCCCAGAGCCCUUGCAGGCAGAACCUCCGCCACCAUCAUGGGUUUGAAACCAGGCACUGAGUACAUCAUAAAGAUCGUGGCACUUAACAAUGCCCAGAGAAGCAUGCCCCUGGUGGGCAAGGCCAGAACCCAAAUCGAAGACCUGUCCCCUCAACUUCCAGUGUCUCACAGGCCCAAGCCGGGCAUCAUGGAUGUCCCCGAGGAAGAGAAUUUAAACAACAAUCACAUACACCUGCUGGGCCCCAACAGGCCUGACUCGGUCGAGCAGCAGGGCAAACACAUUUACACGGAGUACCAGAGCCUGGGCCUAGCCAACCGAGGGCAGCAGCAACCUCUCAUGCCACACCACGGCGAGCCCCUGGUCUACAUCCCCCUGCCCGGGCCCAACGGCCACAGGGUGCCCGUGGUGAAGGUGAGCGAGGGCCCUGCACACGGCUUCCCCUUCGAGUUCCCCUUUAAUGAGACAGACCUGCCCCAGGAAGCCCAGACACGGACCACCAUCACAUGGCAACCGGCGCCGGGGACCUCUGAGUACGUGGUGUCCUGCAGUCCUGUUAUGGAGAUUAACGAGAAGAGCUUCCAGAUGCACCUACCUGGCUCUUCCUCCAGUGCAACCCUGAUCGGCCUCACCUCUGGAGCCUCCUACAACAUUGUUGUAGAAUCGGUCAACGGAGACCACAGGCAGACUGUUCUGGAGGAUGUGGUGACAGUUGACAACAUGGUGGCAGGAGCUGUGUCCAUGGGCAGGGACGUGUGCUACGACACGUUCACGGCUACCUACCAUGAGGUGGGAGCCGAGUGGGAGCGCAUGUCGGAGACGGGCUUCAAGCUAUGGUGCAGGUGCCUCGGUCUGGGCAGCGGACACUUUAGGUGUGAUUCAUCCAAAUGGUGCCAUGACAACAAUCACAACUACCGCAUUGGGGAGAAGUGGGAGCGGCACGCCGAGAAUGGUCACAUGAUGAGCUGCACCUGCCUGGGCAAUGGGAAGGGGGAGUUCAAGUGUGAGCCACACGAAUUUACGUGCUACGAUGAAGGAAAGAUGUACCACGUUGGCAACCAGUGGCAGAAGGAGUACCUUGGUGCGAUCUGCACCUGUACCUGCUACGGUGGGCAGCAGGGCUGGCACUGUGAGAAGUGCCACCGGCCCAGUGCAGAAGUGGACGAGGACCUUCUCCAGCCUCCCGUACGCACGGGCGUUUAUGACCAGAACACGGAGAAUGCCCUGCGCAAGAAGCUGAACAUGCAGUGUCCCAUUGAGUGCCUUAGACCAGAACUGCUAGCAGAUGCGCAGAGCCCUUCCAAGUAGUUUCCAUUGUAUGCAGAACUGGAGAGGUGUGUACCCUAGAGACUGCCCGUAGAGUAUAGCCCCACCCCCAGUGCCUUUUUACCCUCCUCCACACUGAGCUGGAGCCUGCUGGCUUCCACACUAGUCCUGCCAGCCCACAGCACACUCCCAGAGUCUCCAUGCGCAAGCUCCCUCACCUGUCGGGUCGGGCCACUCGCCUUAGCUUUCACCCACAUAGAACAGGAUGAGUAUCGGCAUUCCUUAGGGAGAUUCCCUCCAUCUGGACAUGGCUGUUCCAGUCCAGGAGAGUUUCAGAGGUAAUGAAGGCUCUCUACUGUUUCUUUUCUUUACUUCUUCCUAUCAGCAGAGACCAAAGAACAUUUGGUUUGAUUUUGAUUUUUAAACAUUUUUUUAGAACCACUGGGGCCUCUCAACAUGUAAGGCACACUUUCUAAUAUUUUUGUGACUCACCUAUAUGGCCUAUAUCCGUUUAUACAAGUCACCCUUUAAAAGUGAGUGAGACCCGUCAAAAAUACCAAGCACUGUCUUACAACGGAAGUUUCUGUGCCUUGUAGGCAUCCUUUAAUAUCCAGUGUUGACCCGAUUUUAAAUUGGCUUGCUGGUUUGAAUCUGUUGGCCUCUGCUUCCAUAAGGAAAGCACUGUUUUUUAAAUACGAGGACAUACACAUUUGUUUUUUUUGUUUUUUUAUUUAUCCCUUUUUCAGUGCAUUUUGAUACUAUGCAGUUUUUUGGAUGUACACUUUUUUUUUUCUUUUUUUUUUGUUUUAGGUGCCAAAGUCUUAACUACUGUGGACAAAAUUCCUUUUAAUAAACUUUUUACAAAAAAGUG